UUUCUGCUCUCUUCUGUAUGCGUUAAAUGCGCACUUAGACAAAUUGCCAGCAAGGAGAAAAGCGACAUUUUGUCAUGCGCAGACAAAUUGCCAACAGGGGGAAAAAACGACAUUUGCCAAGUAAAAAUUGCCAAUAAAUUUGAGGAUGAAGGCUGUUUUUUUUUUAAUUUCAUCGUAAUCCCAUAAUUUCCAAACACUUUUUCGGACCUUGUUAUGUUCCUAACGUAAAGAUAUUGUUGUGGCUGUCAAAAAAAUUUUUUUUAAUAAUUUUCUUUUAAUUUUUCAGCGUAACUGUAUAACAAUAGACUUACUAACUGCUUGUCAACGAGAAAUAAACUUCCUCAGAAUGAUUGACAGAAAAGCCCCUGUACUUUAUGACCGAAUUGUUGUAGCUUAUGCAAUUAGAAGAUAUGAAUGUUUUUGGUUACCGGCACAGGCCUCAAAGCCAGAUUUACUUAACAUUCCCCCAUUGGAUGUACAUUGGGUUUGGCAUGUUCACAUGCUCUCUCCUGUUUCUUAUAGAGAAGAUUGUGCAGCAAUUUGUGGUACUGUGGUAGAUCACAAAUUGUUGAGUGCUGAUGAGAUUCAACAACGUUAUGAACAAUCAGUCUCAGCGUGGAACAACUUUUGCCCUGAAGAGCCUUAUGAAUUUUUAUCAAGUUCAUCCAAACCUUACAAACAAAAAAGUAAAUAUGAUAUUGUUGAAGCUGUUCAAAGGCAGAGGAAUUUUAAUUAUCAAAUAUCUUUACCUCACUAUACUUCUCCACGUUUUUUAAAUGAUGCAAUUGAUCGUUAUAUUAAUUUUCUUCAACUAAAACAAACUUACUCGGACCAAUUUUUAACUCCUUGUUAUGAUUUUGAUCUUGUUUGGCAUACACAUCAAGUUCACCCAGAAGAUUAUUUUAGGAAUUGUGUAGCAAUAUUUGGUUCUUUACUUAAACAUGAUGAUUCUAUUAAUGACCGUAACAAAGGAAGCAAAUUACUUCGUGGCGAGGCUUUUACUAAAAAAGCUUGGGCUUCUCAUUUCAAAAAUAAUUUUUGGCGGAGAGGUUGUAUGUUUCGUGGACACAAUGCACCAGCCUUUCUUUGCCUUGAAUCUGAUGACGAAAGUAGUAAUAAUGCUUCUAAUCUCGCUUACGGAAAUGUUCAUAUUCCCUCAAUUGUAUUAAAAGAAUUGCCUGUUCAGAGGGAACAAUUGCGGCUUAAGCUUCGUUAUGGCGGGAAAAAGAUAAGCACAUUUAGUGCUCAAUUGUGGGAUAAACAGGUAACAAGACCUUCAUUUUCUCUUAUCUGGCAACCAAAUCCAUGCGGUCUAAAAUGUAUACAAAACAACAAAAAUUUGACAACUUCCAACAAAACGCAAGCUAAUGGACAUUCAAAAAAUUCAACAGGUUCAGCUUCCUCAACAUCAACAAGUUCAUCUACAUCCUCAACAUCUUCCCAACAACAACCAUCAACCUCUUCUUCAAAUUAUUUAUCAACAAUAAUUAAUUCUUCCUCCUCAACACAACAAAUCCCUUCAAUUGUUAAAUUCCCUUUUGAAAGAAAAACGGCAAAAGAAUUUGUUGUUGAGUUGGAAUUGUUUGAUAAAGUUUUUUUGCAUAAGAGGGAUUUGGUUAAACUUAAAUUAUUACCCCUCCAAAUAUCAUCAAACAUAAAUUCAAAAUCUUCCCAAAACGUAGUUCAACUUCAAUUAGAAAAUGUCAAUGGAGAACAUGCAAAAAUAAAUAUAACAACAAGCGUGUCUUUAAAUCGUGAAUUGGAAUUACAAGCUGGGGAAUAUAGAGAACAACAGUUAACUACAGAAGAUAGCCGUCUUUGGACUUUGUGUCAAGCUGCGGCUUUAAAUCGGGCUCAAUUACAGCCUGGAGCAAAAAUAUAUGUUGCUUUACAUAAAAAUCUGCCAUUUCCACUAGUUCUCUAUUUUAAUCCUCCCUAA